AUGGGAGACGAAGAUGCAAUUGUCCUCGCUGCGUGCUCCGCCGUGGCACAGGCUGUGGCUUUGUAUGCAGACAGUUGCGAACCAGGACCUCCUGCUGGCAAGAAGAACCGUUUUACCGUCACCACUCUGCGCUUCGAGUCGAUGCUUCAAUCAUCAGCCUAUUCAAGCUGGUUCGAGACCAAUCUGCGCUGUACGAGAUCCACCUUCUUCCGUAUAGCUAGCUUUCUACAAGAUCAUGGGGUCGCUUUCGCACAAGCUAAGGUCAAGUAG